AUAGUAAUGUCCAUUAUUUCAGGCCUCACUAAAAUACGGGUACCAGGCCAUUUGAAUUAUAAAGAGAUCCGGGCACGAUUCGAACGUCAAAGCACAUUUCAUGGAAUAAGCCAUGCUGCCCUUGCUCCUAAUAAUAGAUGGCGAUGUUUUUGGUACACGGCUUUUUGGCUGUGCUUCUUCUGUUUGGCUAUUCAAAUAUUCUUUCUUGUUGUAAAAUAUCUCCAAUAUGCAAAGACUGUUGAUCUCGAUUUGAAAUUUGAAAACGCACCAUUCCCUUCUAUCACAUUGUGCAAUUUGAAUCCGUACAAAAAAAGUGCCAUAAAUCUUAAUCCGGAGACAAAAGCGAUGAUCGACGCUUAUUCCAAGCGAAUAUCAUCAGGUGACAAAUCAGAAGGCAUUGCCGCCGCUUUAGCCUCCCACUUUCAUCCAAGAGCUCGGAGACAUAAACGAAAACCAAAACGCCGAAAACGUGAUCGACGUUAUCAUCAAGCGCUAGCUCAGUGCUUAUGUGAUAUUGAUCCACUGACAGCUGAACGGAAAGGCUCAUGCUUCGCAGCCUACAAGGGGAAAGUCGCAGUUGAUAUCUCACUUUCACCGAGAAACCUUCAUGCCUCCAGAUGCCUAUGUCAACUUGAUAUGGUCUCCAAAACUCUGUGGCCAUGUUUUCCGUAUAACACAUGGAAAGAAAAAAUCUGCACGGAGUGUGUUGAUGACAGUGGCCACUGUCCGAUGCGAUUUUAUCGUGGAAAAGAACCGUUUGAGAAUAUCAAGACGAUGGCCGAUCUGUGCCUUUGCCACAAGGAAUAUAACCAUUGUGUUUCGAGUCGAGAAGANGGUGUGAUCAUUGAGAUCGAUCCAAAUGACGAACUCGAAACGUUGAAUGUCACCGAACGUUCGGAAUCACAACUGAAGGUGAAGCAGAGAAUUACUACCACAACAACUACAGAAGCACCUCAUGUGACACAAGCGCUUGGAUUCGAGAAUCUGACCGAUGAAAUCGCUAUCGUGACCCAGGCUCAACAGAAUUUGAUGUUUGCUGUUGGAGCCAUGACACCGGAACAAAAAGAAAGCAUGUCUCAUCCGAUUGAUGAAUUUGUUCUCAAAUGUUCCUUCAACCAGAAGGAUUGCAAUAUGAAAAAGGAUUUUACUUUGUAUUACGAUAACACCUACGGUAACUGUUAUACAUUCAACCAUGGGGGAGCGUCAUCACAUCGAGCCGGAGCAAAUUACGGACUGAGAAUUCUUCUGUAUGCCAAUGUGAGCGAAUAUCUGCCUACAUCGGAAGCAGUGGGGUUCCGAAUAACAGUACACGACAAACAUAUUGUACCAUUCCCGGAUGCUUUCGGUUACAGCGCUCCAACGGGAUUUAUGUCUUCCUUCGGAGUCAGAAUGAAGCAAUUUGUACGUCUCGUUGCACCGCAUGGUCACUGUAAAGAGGGUGGGGAAGCCGAUCCGUUCUUCAUCUACAAGGGAUUCAAUUACUCGGUUGAGGCCUGCCAUCGAAGUUGUGCACAAAAAGUCAUAAUAGAAAUGUGCAAGUGUGGAGAUCCCAUGUAUCCUAUUCCAAACGGUAAAAAUAUAUCUGCCUGCCGGGCCACCGACUCGGUUCAACGAGACUGCCUUCGAAACGCAACACUUUAUCUUGGAGAGGUGUAUUCUAAAGAAAAAGGCGGAAUUCCAGGCUGCUACUGUCACCAACCGUGCAAGGAAACAAAUUAUGAAGUGACCUAUUCGGCGGCUAGAUGGCCAUCUGGUUCUGCAAAAGUAAUGGAUUGCGUGCCUGGAGAUUUUCUAUGCCUUGAAAAAUAUCGUAAAAAUGCUGCAAUGAUCCAGAUCUUCUACGAAGAAUUGAACUAUGAAACACUUCGGGAAACACCUGCAUACACACUUACGAGCGUACUUGCUGACCUGGGUGGUUUGACUGGAUUGUGGAUCGGUGCGUCUGUGGUCAGUCUACUCGAAAUUUUCUCGUUGGUUGUAUUUGCUGCUCAAGCAUAUGUCAGAAAACGAAAAGGAUCAAUUGCAUCAUCAACACUAUCUCAAUUGGCCAUCAAAAAACAGGCACGCGCACAAUCCUUGCACACUAUUCCAAAAGCCAGCAUUAAUGCCAGGCUGUCGAUACAAGACAUUCGAUCCUUACAUUCUAAUCAUUCCUCACGAUCGAAGCAAUCAAUCAUGAUAGAAGAUCUGCCAUCACCCAUCCAGGAACAAUCAGAUGAUGAAACAUCAACAUCAUCGGGUAGUGAAACUACUGGGACCGCCGCAAGUUGCCGGUACCUUGCUCCCGGCGAAGAACUCCCAUGCCUCUGUAAAUAUGACUCCGAAGGAAAUAUCCGGGUGAUGAAGGCACUGUGUCCUGUUCAUGGGUAUCUAGUCCGGAGAGGAUAUGACUACAGUGUCACAAAUAGUGAAGAGGAAGUUGUAGACGAGGUACAUAAAGAAGAGCCUUACUAUGCCGAACCAUUCGUACCUAGAAAGUCAGUUAGUGGUCCGUUUUCACAACACCCACACCCGCCGGCACCUGCAAGCUCCGGGUGUACUGUAAGAGUACUUCGUACUGAUUAG